AGGAGGUGCAGUGGGCAUCCAAAAUAGUGCAGAGGGUGCAGGACUUCUUCAGGGAGCGGGACAAGGACCAGGCAGGGUUUGUCACCCGCUCAGAUAUGCAGAAAUUGCAGGAGGGAGAUUUCCCCUGCAGCACGGAGGAGCUGGAGCUGGUCUUUGAUGGGCUGGAUGCUGCUGGCACCGGGCAGUUAAGCACCGAGGAGUUCACUGCCGGGCUGUGGCAGUUCCUGAGCUCCCAAAAAGCUGCCAGGGAGCACCGCCGGCGGAAAACGGCAUCCCGGAGGGUGCGCUUGGUCGUCCCCAGCCCAGUGUUGGAGGGGGUGGACAGUGAGGAGCAGAGACACUUUGCUGCCUUCAUGGACCAGCUGGGCACGGACAACGUCUCUGAAGAACAGGAGAUCUGGCAGCUCUGGGUGAGGCUCCGGAAGGACGAACCCCAGCUCCUGGGCAACCUGGAGGACUUUCUGGCCAAGAUGAGGCACCGCAUUCAAGAAGCCCGGAGCAAGAAGGAGGCUUUGGAGGUAGCCCUGAACAAGUGA